AUGUCAUCGUGUCCACACCAACUCGUUCGGUCCCGUCUCAACGGGUUACUCUCACAACAAUGUCGGAGCCCAGGCCGAUGGUAUCGGGAGUCGGGGACGGUGAAUGUCGGUCAUAAAGUGCGCCUCUCCACAUACAAUGCUCUAGCGAUCUUAGAACCCGGCAUGAUACAUGAUGCUCCUGACCCCAUAUCAUAUCAACACAACCGCGAUUCAACCAACAGUUCACAUCCGCCGACAAGUGAACAAUUAGAUCAGGUCGCAACAAAUCGGCAUGGCAUGGGCGAUGAUGACCAGUCAAAACUCUCAGCUCCACCACGAAGGUCAUUGCAGACACCGAUUAUAACAAAUGAUAAAAUGAAGAAGGUCGCCUAUGUACGACGUGCUGAUCCCAAACUUGUAGCCAUGGCGGCCGAGAGGGUCAACCGCGAAAUCUUGAACAAGGGUAGACACUUGACCGAUCGGGGUUUAUAUCUGGCGCUUGCGAUGCGAAUGAAUUCUCUUUAUACGCGUGAGCUGGGACUCCGCCAGUGGAAAGAGGCAUACGGAGCAAUUCACAAGGCCAAGACAUAUGGCCGUGAGGUCUUGCACAAGUCUGCAUUGCCAAAACUGAGAGAAGAUGGUGAGCAACUGCUAGCUGUGCUUCUUGACGACUGUCAAGGCAAGUUCCGAGAGGCAUGGCUGGCAAUGAACCGUUCUACCAGGGCCUGGGCCUGGCAACGGCUGGCUAUUUGGCUGCUGCAAAAUAACCCGGCAAUGGCCUUGGAGUUUUUACUCGUCACAACUGAGCCGCGAGAUAAGCCGGAUCUGACUAUGGUUGUCGAUUGCUUGGCGUACCUGGAGAGAUUCCACUAUGAAGAGCUCCGGGAUUGGCAAAAGGGUGCUCACACAUUCGAAUCGGUUGUUGCAACUUCCCUAGAUCCGAAGGACUGGCCAAUUAUCUCGCCACCACAAAGGGGUAUACGGUUCUAUAUUCGCCGAGCAGGCUUUUUAGGUGUCUACGAGAGUUUCCGUUUGAUGAACGAGCGAGGCAUUACGAUGGAAGCCCAAACAGCACUUUGCUACAUGUACCGAUUCACACAGCUGAAUGACGUCGAAUAUGCCCUCAGAGCUCUCGAAUUCAUUCCCAAAAUCAAUGACCCUGAGUUUUCCAUGGACUCUGAAGGAGUCCUACGACACUGUUGCAAGCUCCUGACCCUGGACACUGUGGAAGAUACCGCUGGAGGGCGCAACUUCCGGAUUCUUCCACGACUUCUCAAGAUGGGUGUCCAGCCAGACCGGGAUAUGAUGAAUCUGGUGCUCGCCAAUGCUUACAAAACCGGUGAUCCUCAAUUAGGAUCAGACAUGCUUCAGUUCAUGAAGAAUCACCAUCACGAAUUCGAUUCUUAUACAUACUUGACUCUCCUCACUGAUGCGGUAUCCCGAGGCGACCGCGGUCGUGUGGACGAGCUGGUGCGAGAAGUCGAGAUGCAAGAGGAACUACGCAACAACCCAUACAUUUUCAGCAAAAUUUUCCACGCCCAUUUUACUUUCACCGCCAAGCAUAUUGACCCGGAGAGCGAUCCCUCGGGAGUUUUCUACUCUAUGCUCGACAUGUAUAACAAAAUUCACGACAUCACACCGCUCAAAGAACUCCUUUUACUCCCUCCCCAAUAUACACCGCCACCAAAUGAAGGACUCGAAGUCAAAAUCCCGCCUUCUCCGGUAGCCCUGUUCCUCAUGAUCGCAACGUUCUUCCGCUGCAGGAAUCGGAUCUCACAAGUGCAUCACAUGUAUGACCGAUUCCGCGAGCUUGUGCAGCAGGGCCACCCAUCUAUUGCCCCCUUGAUCGAAACCGACCAUGUCUAUAAUGAAUUCCUCAUCGCCUUCCGCAAGAGCAGUCGUGGACUGCGGUCAAGCAUACGUCUGGUCGAAGACAUGCUUGACACAUCUGCCAUGCCAAAAGAGACUACCACUGGCAAGCCUCUCAAACACAUCUCGCCCACACCUCGCACUUGGACCAUCCUCCUCAGUGCCUUCAAUUACAAUCGCCAGCCCGAUGCAGCUGAAAAAGUCAAGGAGAUGAUGGCUAAGCACGACGUGGAGUACAAUCAGGUGACUUGGAACACCAUCAUCAACGGGUUCGCGAAUGCACAGGACAUCCCCGAAACCGCUAAUGCAAUCACGAGGAUGGAAAAGGAAGGUUUUGCCAUUGACCAUUACACGAUGAAGAGUUUGCGUUAUCUCCGCGACCCUGAACGCCUCUGGGUGGCGAUCGAGGAGAUGGAUGAAGGCCUUCGUUCGGAUGUAACCCAUAAGCUUCUCACCCUCGAGCCCGCGUCUGAUGUGCACAGUGAUCAGAAGAAGCGCGAUGACCUCAUUGACAGUGGCUUGGAGAAGUUGGAGUCAAAGCUGAAGCCUAAGAUGUAA